AGGCCGAUAUUCCUUCCUUAGUUCCCGCCUGCCUACUCUUAUCUAAUCUAAUUAAUUAAUUAAUUCCAUGGGCGAGGAGGAGCAGCAACGAUCAGAGAAUCAAACCCUCCCUGCAGUGCCAAGCCCGCACCAGCCGAAUGUUAUCAACAACGCUGAAGCUGCAGUGACCCCAGUCCCAGUCCCAGUCCCAGUCCCAAGCGAGGAGGAUAAGCUGCAAGUGCUGUUGAACGAGAGGCAGGUCGAAAGGUACAUCAAUGGCGGCCUUUCCCGCCACAGCUUCCCGCCGGGGUUCCUCUGGGGCGCCGCCACCUCCGCCUAUCAGAUCGAAGGCGCUUAUGCCCACGCCGGCAAGUCCCUCUCCUACUGGGACUCCGUCACCCUCAACACUCCUGGUCGUAUCAAGGGCGGCGCCAACGGGUGCGUGGCCAUCGACCACUACAACAGGUUUCGGGAAGACGUGGCGCUCAUGAAGAGACUCGGGAUAGACACUUACAGGUUUUCCAUUUCAUGGUGCCGAAUACUACCAGGUGGGAAGCUGUCUGCCGGGGUAAACCAGCAAGGGAUCAACUUCUACAACGAUCUCAUCAAUCUCUUGAUCUCCCAAAAGAUUAAGCCGUGUGUGACCAUCUUCCAUUGGGACCUCCCUCAAUGCCUCGAUGAUGAGUAUGGCGGCUUCCUCAGCCCUCGCAUCAUCGAUGAUUUUGCGGCGUACGCACAAGUGUGCUUCUCGGAAUUCGGUGAUCGCGUGGACACGUGGAUCACCAUUAACGAGCCACGGUCAUACGCCGUUAAAAAAUACCUUCUGGACACUUGCCCGCCGAUACCAACACCGGGACAGCCCCCUUUGCCGGUAGAUAAGCUGCCGCUGCCGUACAGGGAAUUCAUCAGAACGCAUCAAUCGGACAUUAGCCCUGAUGGCGCCGGGACGGUGCCGUACGCAUACGCUCAUAACUUAAUUCUGUCUCACGCAAAGGCUGUCCAAAUCUACAGACAACAUUUCCAGGCGAAGCAACAGGGCCAGAUAGGGAUUAGCAACACCACCUUCUGGUACGAACCCUUCACUAACUCCAAAGAAGACAUCGACGCUGCCUCCAGAGCCAUCGACUUCAACUGGGGAUGGUUUAUGGAACCUCUUGUGAGGGGCGAUUAUCCAGAAGUGAUGAAGCAGAGAGUCGGCAACCGCCUACCCAAGUUUGAGGAAAAAGAAUCGACUAUGGUGAAGGGGUCCUUCGACUUCAUUGGAAUGAAUUAUUACACAACCUACUGGGCUAAACAUAAGCCAACCCCAAAGGGCACGUUGCCAUCUCAUACAACAGAUCAAGAAGUAGAAGAACUCUAUGAACGGGAAGAUCCAAAGGGCAAUAAGGUCAAGAUUGGCAAAAGGGUUGGGGAAGGGUGGUUGUUCCACGUUCCGCGGGGCAUAUUUGGGCUUCUUAAGCACACAAAGACUAAAUACGGCAAUCCCAUCAUCUACAUUACAGAGAAUGGAUGUGAGGAAGAAAGCAAUCCCAAACUAACGGUUAGCCAAGCAUUGCACGAUAAUAUCCGAAUUGAUUACCUUGUUAAACAUUUGGCAUACUUGAAGCUAGCCAUAGAGGACGACGUGCGGGUGAAGGGGUACUACGUGUGGUCAUUGUUUGACAACUUUGAGUGGAUGGAAGGAUUUACGAUGCGAUUUGGCCUCUAUUUUGUUGACUUCCUUAAUGACUUAAAGAGAUAUCCAAAGGACUCGGCUAUAUGGUACGCAAAUUUUCUGAACAAGAGGCCCUUUCCAGGGCCUAAGCGUCAAGCUGACGACCAAAUUCUUCAAGACAACAACAAAAAAAACAAAAGAUUCAAUUGAAUCCGCACGUCCAGCUUCUUAUAUCUAAAUUAGCUAAGCUAGUUUUCCAUUGUCUUGCCAUGAAGAAGCUAGCUACCUAGUUUGCACUUGCCUUUAAUUUAUUGUGUCUGAAUAAAUUAGCUACUAGUUCAUGCUCAUGUGCCGUGAUCAUUACAUCCAUGAAUGAGCUAUCUAGCUUUUGUGUGUGUGGCAUUCAUGGGCCAUGAUGAUUGGAUCCAUGAACCAGCUAUUUAGCAUUUGUCUUUAUCUUUAUUGUGUUAUGUUUAUGGGCUCUGAUUGCUGGAUCCAUGACGAGCUAUCCAUCAUAUGCUGUUAUUUUUAUUGUACCCCGAAUAAAUUAGCUAACCAAGUUCUUGUUUGUUGUUAGGUGAUUGUUGGUUCCUCUUGGAUUUAUUUUAAAUUUGUUAUUACUA